CGAGAUUACGUGCAACACGCAAACUACCGUGCAUGCGAGUUUAAGGUUAAUGCGUCAACUUUUCACAGCGUCGACUAUUUACGUUACACAGGAACAAAUUGGGAGAUGCCAUUAGCUUAGCAUUCAGUUCGAAAAGGAAGCCGAGUUUCCGCUUUACGUAUAGAGCUAAACGUCGAGGGCGAAAAGACUCCCGCUUUUUGGAAAAAGAAACGCCCGUUUAAUGUUUAAUUUUACUACCGACAGGUCGUCUGCCGAAUUAAUUUAGCGCGGAUUCGUUUCAUGUGCCGGAACUGGAGGUGUAAAACGACGGCGCAGGCGCGGCGAGUUUAGCCGAGACUACCGGCAUGGCCAGGGACUACGAUUACCUCUUCAAACUGCUCAUUAUCGGCGACAGCGGUAGCUAUAUUACCACUAUAGGAGUUGACUUCAAGAUCCGAACAGUAGAGAUCAAUGGUGAGAAGGUGAAGCUACAGAUCUGGGACACAGCGGGCCAGGAGCGCUUCCGAACCAUCACCUCCACGUAUUACAGAGGAACCCAUGGUGUCAUAGUGGUAUACGAUGUUACCAGUGCCGAAUCUUUUGUCAACGUUAAACGAUGGUUGCAUGAAAUUAAUCAGAAUUGUGAUGACGUAUGUCGAAUAUUAGUGGGUAAUAAGAAUGACGACCCAAACUCUAAAGUUGUGGAGACAAAUGAUGCACAAAAGUUUGCAGAGCAGAUGAGCAUCCGCCUGUUCGAAACAAGUGCAAAAGAGAACAUUAAUGUGGAGGAGAUGUUUAACUGCAUCACGGAGCUGGUGUUAUGGGCAAAGAAGGAAUCUGUGGCCAAGCAGCACCAGCUGCAACAAAAUGAUGUUAUUAAGCUCAGCAAGAACAGCAAACGAAAGAAAAAGUGUUGCUAGUUGAUCUCAAACCUGACCGCAGCACUCACUCCAGAAUCCCUAUAGAGAAAAGGACUAUGAUCACCUAAAUUAAGAGUGGAGAAAGCUUAAUAAAGAUAAUAAUGAAAUGCAAAAGAGAAAAACAUGUCCCUUUUGGACAUAUACAAAUCAUGAAGACUUUUUAAAGAAAAUGUACAGAUUUUAUUAGAAUUAAGGAAUUUUUAAGUGGGAAUUCAAUAGAUGUGGUAUUUAAUAAAAGAUCCUCCUUCUUUCUUGAAGGACCUGCAAGCUGACAUGCUCACUGUAAUGUGCAGAUUUUUAUAUGCACGGAGUUAUUCAGCCAUGUCUGUCUUUUUUCUGUUUCUCUUUGGGUCUCCAUCUCAGGAGUGUGUUUCUUUUUCUUUUUUGUUUAUGGAAUAGAUUUAUUUUCUAGAAAGAGUGAAGAGAAAAAGCAGUUUUUCUCCGAACAUGAAAUCUUAGAUGCCAACAACUCAUGAUUUUUCACUUUUAUGAAGUUGACAGAAACAAAGAAUUACUUUGAUUUGUAUAUCCAGUGACACUGGUGGUGCAAGUUUUUUGUUCUUGUGGAUUUUUUUUUGUGUGCGCUCCCCAAGGUUUUUUUUUUUUUUUUUUUCUGUUAUCUGCAAUAUAAGCACACAAAAUCAGUGCCAUAGUGGACUGGUGUCAUUCUUGAAUGUUGCAAUGUUCAUGCAUAUGGCACUGCCAAAUUGGAAGACUUGUUCUGGUGUGAAUCUUCAUCACGGAGGUCUGAACAUUCAUAUCAUCUGCCACUGUUUUCCAUGUUUAGUGUUCUAGCUCUCCUUUUCUCAAGAUGAACACUCUUUACCCGUGACUGAACAAGACUAAACAGUUUCCACCAGGUAAUCAGAAACAACUAUUUGAUAGUUGCAGGAAAUUCUGAGAAGGAGAAAUGAUGCUCAUUAAACAUCCUGCUUCAGAGUGACUCAUUUUCUGUUUGAGGAAGGAAUUGAACUAAACGGUCAUGUAAAAAGUAAAAGUAUUGAGUCUUUAUAUCUAUAUAAUUGCAGUUGAACUUGUUCUCUUCACACAACCUCAUAACCUUAAUCCACUAUAAUUAGAGCUAAAUACCCAGAAUCAUUUCUGUAUUAAUGGCAGGUUGGUUUGAUGUUCUACAAGGGCCAUGUAGUGACCCAUUAAACCAAGUAAAGGAAUCAUGGCAACA